CUUAAAUGCUUUCUUGGAGCCUUAAAAAUGGAGAUGACAGAAGUGACUGGUGUGUCGCUGAAACGUGGGUCUCUUGCUAUUGAAGAUAAUGACAGGGUGGCCCAAGCUGAGGAGGCAAAAAGACAGAAGAUCUUGGACCAUUGUCUGACCAAAAGUCGGGAUGAGCCGGAGCGUGUCUCUCCACCCAGCGGUGUAAAUGUGCCUGGGCCGCCUGCAGCUGUGAGUGCCGGGGAGGGAACAAAGAAUUCUGAUGUGCAGCUGGAAGAAGAGGAAGAGGAGGAGGAAGAUGGCCUUUUUGAGGAGGAUGAGGAGGAGGAGGAGGAAGCUGAGAGUUUUGCAGACAUGAUGAAGCACGGCCUCACUGAACUUGAUGUUGGCAUCACCAAGUUUGUAAGUUCUCAUCAGGGAUUCUCAGGCAUCUUGAAAGAAAGAUACUCUGACUUCGUUGUUCACGAAAUAGGAAAAGAUGGACGGAUCAGCCAUUUGGAUGACUUGUCCAUCCCAGUGGAUGAGGAGGAUCCAUCGGAAGACGUAUUUACAGUUUUGACAGCUGAAGAAAAGCAGCGUUUAGAAGAGCUCCAGCGUUUUAAAAAUAAGGAAACCAGUGUUGCCAUCGAGGUCAUUGAGGACACCAAAGAGAAGAGAACUGUCAUCCAUCAAGCGAUUAAAUCUCUGUUUCCAGGAUUAGAGACAAAAACAGAGGACAGAGAGGGGAAGAAAUAUAUUGUAGCCUACCACGCGGCUGGGAAAAAGGCUCUGGCAAAGGUCAGAACUGCAGCAGAUCCAAGAAAACAUUCUUGGCCAAAAUCUAGGGGAAGUUACUGCCACUUUGUACUGUACAAGGAAAACAAAGACACCAUGGAUGCUAUUAAUGUACUGUCCAAAUAUUUACGAGUGAAACCAAACAUAUUCUCCUACAUGGGAACCAAAGAUAAACGGGCCAUAACCGUUCAAGAGAUUGCUGUUCUCAAAAUAACUGCUCAAAGGCUUGCGCACUUGAACAAGUGCUUGAUGAACUUUAAGCUAGGGAAUUUCAGCUAUCAGAAAAACCCUCUGAAACUGGGAGAGCUUCAAGGGAACCACUUCACUGUUGUCCUCAGAAAUAUAACAGGAACUGAUGAACAAGUUCAGCAAGCCAUGAACUCUCUCAAGGAGAUUGGAUUUAUUAACUACUAUGGGAUGCAAAGGUUUGGAACUACAGCUGUCCCCACAUAUCAAGUUGGAAGAGCUAUAUUGCAGAAUUCCUGGACUGAAGUCAUGGAUUUAAUAUUGAAACCCCGUUCUGGAGCUGAAAAGGGCUACUUGGUUAAGUGCCGGGAAGAGUGGGCGAAGACCAGAGACCCAGCCGCUGCCCUCAAAAAACUGCCUGUCAAAAGGUGUGUGGAAGGGCAGCUGCUGCGAGGACUUUCAAAAUAUGGAAUGAAGAAUAUAGUCUCUGCAUUUGGCAUAAUACCAAGAAAUAAUCGCUUAAUGUAUAUUCAUAGCUAUCAAAGCUAUGUGUGGAAUAACAUGGUAAGCAAGAGGAUAGAAGAGUACGGACUGAGACCCGUCCCAGGGGACCUCGUUCUCAAAGGAGCAACAGCCACCUAUAUUGAUGAGGAAGAUGUUGAUAAUUACUCCAUCCAUGAUGUGGUAAUGCCUCUGCCUGGUUUCGAUGUUAUCUACCCAAAACAUAAAAUUAGUGAAGCCUACAGGGAAAUGCUCACAGCAGACAAUCUGGAUAUUGACAACAUGAGACACAAAAUUCGCGAUUAUUCCUUAUCAGGGGCCUACCGAAAGAUCAUUAUUCGUCCUCAGAAUGUCAGUUGGGAAGUCGUUGCAUAUGAUGAUCCCAAAAUUCCACUCUUCAACACAGAUGUGGACAACCUAGAAGGGAAGCCACCACCAGUGUUUGCUUCUGAAGGCAAAUACAGAGCUCUGAAGAUGGAUUUUUCCCUCCCUCCUUCUACCUACGCUACCAUGGCCAUUCGCGAAGUGCUAAAAAUGGACACCAGCAUCAAGAACCAGACCCAGCUGAACACCACGUGGCUCCGCUGAGCCCUUUCUCCCAGACGAGAACAUGCAGAUGGAUGUUUGCUGGCUUCCCGCUCAGUCUUCUCUUAGUACAGACCCAUAGGUGUAUUUUAGAUCUUUGUAGUUCAAGACUGUUUGUAUUUUUUUAAGUUUUUAUUAGCUUAAUUUGCAAUAUUUGUACACACAUACAAACCCUGAGGAUCCUAAUUCUAGCUCAGAGAAUAUAAAUUGAUCAGAAUAUAUUUCAGGUGCUUAAAUCCUAGUAAAACGUCAGCUUUACUGGCUUUAUGAUCAUUUAAAAGGACUUUUCAGUUUAAAUUUGCAGUUUUUGGUUUUGCUAUAUUCUUAAAGGAUGACGUGAAUUUUUAAUGUAGCCACGAAUGGAGUAUGCAACAAUGCAUUUUAAGAGAAAAUGCUACAAAGUAAAUCUUGACUAUGGGUAAAUAGAGGACCCCCACCACCACCUAUAAGUACAGUACUCAUGCUUAUGUAAGUGAUGAUAAAACAUCUCCAGGUUCAUAGACGCAUCAUCUAACUCCCAUGCCAGCUAUAGGUAGGUGUUGAGAGAUCUUUUAGUUGAGUAGCUUUUGCAUUUAUAUUACCAUUGCCUUGCCGGGCAGUUGUAUGAUAGGAGUUUUUUCUCAGCGUAAACAUGUGCUGCUCUUUUUAUUAGUCAAGGUGUGAUUUUUACUCUAGGUGCCUUUUAUGUUCGGAAUGCUUUCCACUGGACUGGUAUUUGUCCACAAUUAAAUGACAGCAGAGAAAAAACUUUAAACCUUUACUAAAGGGCUCCUCCAAUCAGCAUCACCCCAUGUCACCUUCGGCUUAGGGAUUUCCCUUUCUGGCAUUGUGUGAGACUUUCCUCUGGUGUGAGAGGCAGAACGUGCCUUGCCAAGGGUGUGUGACGUAAUUGUCCCAAUUUUUAUUUUCUACCAUUUCUAGAAAAAAUAUAAUAAAUAUUUUUUAAAACUCCUUUCUA